AUGGACAAAGGCUUUGCCAGGCUCUCCGAGGUUCAGGCGAGUGGCUUGCUGGAUCAGUGCAUCAGGAUCUCCGAGCGCGUGCUCGGGAGGGUCAUGGAGAGUGCGGACUGGAAGUAUCGUCAGCUGGACAUGGAGAAGCCCAAGGUGGCCGGCAUUCUGGCGACCCCAGGCAUCCUCGAAAUCUUCCACGGUGCAGGUUGGGUGGAGGAAGGUGAUUGGCUGGUGCUGCCGGAGGGCACUCCUUUCGAGCUUGCGCAAAGCGCUGUCGAAGGUCUGCAGAGAGAGCAACGGCGUCGUGCCACUGUCCAAAGCACCGCACAGAAUCCCAAUGAGCGUCGUUUCAACCCCUGGGAUGGAAAGGUUUACACCUUCAAGGAGCUGGAGAAGUGCCUGGAGAGAGCAGACUUGACCUUGGCAGAGAUCCAGGAGCAUUGGGCUCAUCGAUGCCGGCCAAUUGCACAGAAGGAAGGAGCUGCAAUUGGUGGGCCGGAGGUCCCUGUGGCUUCUGAGCCGCAGGUGGAGGCUUGGCAGCAGAUGUGGAAGAUCCAAUCCGUGAAUCGCAUGUGGACAUCUGCGGAUGUUGCACACGUGCAUGCCAUCAGCGGCGCAAUCUAUUUCGCCUUAGGAGCUGGAGUGUUGCUGUACACUGGCGCGACCGAUAUCAUGACUCUGAAUGGGAACAGCUGGGCGCCCACGCUUCCCAUGGAGGUGAAGUUGUUGGCCCUCUUCGCCGGAGCUUUGAACGCCCUCAGCGGCCUCCAGCCGAGCCUCCUCGGCUCGCGCAGCGACGUGCUGAAGGUUUUGGGCUUUGGGAGCAGAGGUGACGUGAAGACCGGCGGCUUCCUGAAUGCCGCCGCCUUCUACUUGGUGCUGGCGUAUCAGACGGCAAGGGCCGUGUGGCCGGAGCUGGCCAUCGCGGACCCUCUUGUCGGAGGGCUCACGCUGCUGCUCGUGGCCCAUCAGGCCUUCAUCCUGAAUUGCUGGGUGCAAAGCGGCCACAUGCACCGAGUGGAUGCUUUCCUGGUUCCUGGCAUCUUCAAUCUUCCGGUGUCUUUGCAUCUCCUGGCUGGCAGCCAGGCGUGGUGGGAGGAGCUGUGCAGUCGAUUUGAUGCCUGGCCGGAGUUCUUCUUUUCCGGCAACUUUGCCGUCGCAUGGGCUUGCGCUAUGGUGACUCUGGUGCUGUCUCUGUACGAAAGGAGAGUCAUCAGCUUGGAGCUCCGCGGUCUGUUGAUGCUCACCUUCCCAGCGGUGGUCUUCCUCACGGUCUUUCUCCGUGCCCUGGCAUUGUUGCCCCAAGGGCUGGACGAGAACCUCUGGCUUCUGCUGACACUGAACCCCUAA